UGCUUUUGAUAAAAACAUGGAGAAUUAUUCAACCAUGGUUGCAUUUCUCCUUCUCAUCCUUGUCUUUCUCUCUCACUCCCAAUUAGGACUCAAUCAAGAUGUUAGCUACAUGAAAUUUGUACAAGAUGCAAGUGAAUUCCCAAUAAAAGAAGAAUAUGACUACAUAAUAGUAGGGGGAGGAACAACAGGGUGUCCAUUAGCUGCAACAUUAUCAAAAAAAUUCUCUGUCCUCCUUAUUGAAAGAGGCAGUGAACCAAGCAAAUAUCCCUCUGUAUUAAACGAACAACAGUUACUAAACGUUUUCACGGUCGAAGACGACGGCAAGAAUCCCUUCAAUCGAUUCAUUUCCGAGGACGGUGUUGAGAACAUACGAGGGCGAGUCCUCGGUGGGAGUAGCAUGAUCAACGGCGGUGUGUACUCGAGAGCUGAUCCAGAGUUUUUCAGAACACAAUUGGGGAUGCAAGAAUUGGACAUGGAAAUGGUGGAGAAGGCAUAUGAAUGGGUUGAAGAGGCUAUAGUGUUUAAACCUAGUUUGAAUCUUUGGCAAGGUGCUUUUAGAAGGUUUCUUGUUGAAGGUGGAGUUGAGCCUGAUAAUGGGUUUGAUUUAAGAGAUGAUGUGGGAACUAAAAUUUCAGGUUCUAUCUUUGAUGAGAAUGGGACUAGACAUGGAGCUGUGGAGCUUUUAAAUAAGGCUCAACCUACAAAUCUCAAAGUUGCUGUUCAGGCUAUUGUUCAAAGAAUUCUCUUCUCUGGUUUAUCAGCGAAUGGGGUUUUGUAUUCAGACUCAAAAGGAAAGCUACACACAGCAUACAUUCGCAAAGAAGGAGAAAUCAUUGUAAGUGCAGGAGCCAUUGGAAGUCCUCAACUUCUCCUUCUAAGUGGGAUUGGCCCAAAAUCUUAUCUUUCUUCUUUACAACUACCUGUUGUUCUUCACCAACCACAUGUCGGCCAAUCCAUGAUGGACUAUCCUCGUUUUGGUUACGUCUUAGCUUGGCCAUUUCCAUUGAGUUUCACCUCUUCAAAAGUCAUAGGAAUUUCACAAAACAAAACCUUCUACUUCCAAUCCAUUGCUAGUACAACACCGCUCUCAAUUCCCCCAUUAUUUAGCAUUUUCCCUCCUAAUUCCACUUCUUUAACAACUACUAGCCUGGCUACCAUUGGUGGCAAAUUUUCUAAAGUUGCCUCCACGGGCUCGCUUCGUUUAAACUCCUCUGCCGAUGCAGCAAGCAAUCCCAUUGUUCGAUUCAAUUAUUAUUCUCAUCCUGCCGAUGUUGCUAUGUGUGUUAAGGGAGUGAGAAAAGUGGGAGGUUUUCUUAAAACUCAAACUGUAGAGAAUAUUAAGACGAGGGAUUUGGAGGGUAAUAAGACGAUUCAAUUUGUGGGGCUUCCGUUGCCGGGAAAUUUGUCGGAUGAUAGUGCAGUUGGGGAGUUUUGUAAGAAGACGGUGACGUUGUAUUGGCAUUACCAUGGAGGUUGUUUAGUUGGAAAAGUUGUCGAUGGUAAUUAUAGUGUUAUCGGAGUUAAAAAUUUGCGUGUACUUGAUGGCUCCACUUUUGCAGUCUCGCCGGGAUCUAAUCCUACUGCCACUCUCAUGAUGCUUGCUCGAUAUGUUGGCCUUCAGAUUAUGCAACGAAGAGGGGUGUAACAAAAAUGGCUAAUUAAUAGCACAAAAGAGUAGCCAUUUGUUUCUACUUCAAAAAUAUCUUAAUUACUACAUGCUCAACUUAUUGUAUCUCUCUUAAAUAAUAAUUUACAUUCCUAUUUAAAAUAUAAAAUUAUAAUUAUUUACUUU